AUGGAUAACACAAAUAACCAAAAAAUCGAAGGAAAUAAUUACAUGAGGGGAAAUCAAAUAAACGGAGAACUAAGAAAAAAAGUUCUCAACAUUCUUCGCGCUACCUUAACCAAAUCGAAUCCGAUUGCAGAGCAAUGUUUUACUCGUGCAAAGUCUAUUGAAGACGAUUUAUAUAAGACAGCCAAUAAUGAGACGGAGUAUCGGAAUUUAUUGUCUCGUAAAUUAGCUGAGUUGGAUCCUCAUAAUUAUCGAAAUAUGGCUCAGCAACAAAUAGCUGAACAACGAAGAUCUCAAGGGCAACAACAGCUGCUGCUGCCGCAACAACAAAAUCCGAGUCAAAUAAUGUUGCAGCAACAAUUGACUCAAAGACAACAAAUGCAAACUGAACGAAUUGCUGCUCAACAACAGCAGCAACAAAUACAACAGAUAUUCCAAAAUUUACAGCAAUUUAAUCCGCCGCCGCAGCCGUUAACCAUCCAACAAUUAAAUCAACAGCAGCAGCAGCAACAAAUAUUACAAAGACAACGAUUUCCCCAACGACCUACUCAACAAUCUCUUCAAUUAACUCGACAGCAGCAUCAGCAAUAUAAUCAACCACAACUAGCACAAUUAACUCCACAGCAAUUUCAAAUGCUACAAAAUCAAUAUCAAUUGCAAUUGGCUCUUCAACUGGAAUAUCAACAACAAGUGGCUGCUCAACUGCAGCAGCAAGCUCCAUUAACCUCUUUUAUGACUGCCUCGCCACAAAUGUCUCCUCAUCAACAACAUCCACAACCAAUUUGUUCGUUAAAAAACCAACAACAAUACAUGAAUCCUCCAUUAAAUUUUUUACCGCAAGUAAAUACCAGUUCAGUAAAUCUUGGUGGAAUUCAUAAUGUAGCAGCAACAUCUACGUCAAAUCUAAUUAACAUUAAUCAAGCUCCUUUCCAGAUUAACCCAUUACAACCUAAUGCGUAUACAACGAGACCUGCUGUCAUAAAUCCUUUGCUGAGAUCUUCUAUAGAACAACUGCAAGGAGGCUAUCAAUUACCAACGAUGGCAAUCACAUCAUCUACCACCGAAGGUCUCUUUAAUGUCAAUCAAUUGUCACCCACUUCAUUAACUCCUAACGUUUUUUCACCGAUUAAUAUGCCGUUCACAAACUCGUUCACAAAUAUAUCAUCAGUCCCUGCGGCUACUCCACCUUACAUCAAUAAUAUUCAACAACCAACACCGCCGCCUCGUUCUAAUAUGUCUGCAUCUUCAAAUGGUCAAUUAAAAGUUCUUUCCGGGUUAGAACUGAGCGAAGCCACUUCAGCCAUACGCAAAAUUGACCAGGAACGCAAAAAACUUACAUCUUACCCCGAGCCAAUGGGACUCAGUGACCAAGACAAAAGAGCCAUAUCGGAAACAAUUAAAUCACUUGUACCAAUGUCCAAAAAGCUUGACGAGUAUCUUCCGUACUUAUGGCAUAUUUAUAAGUCGAAAAAUAGUAUUACUCGCAUUUUGAACUUGAAACAAAUGGUUCAAGAUUCACAGCAAGCACUUUCCAUAGGGAAGUUCUAUAUGGAUUUGGCAUCUGUAGAAAAAUUAUAUAUUGAAUUUAAAACGAUCCUUGAAGCGUCGGAAAAAAGCCGAAGAGGGGAGAUAAUAAGUAAUCCAUUUCCGACCCCACUUCCUGCGCCAAGGCAUGCUAAUAAAAUAUCAACCGCAAUCACUAAUAUUCCUAAUCUAAAUGUCACAAAUCAAAAGCUUGUAACUGACGUAAUGACUAAUCAAAAUACUGGGAUGAAUACAAAUCAGAUGGGAAAUGCACCAAAUAAGAAUUUACAAACUACCACCAAUACUAGAGGACGCGGAAACGCUUAUGAAAAAGUGGCGUCUGUUGUACCCGUGCUACAAUCAAUGCAUGAUGCUGAAUCGCUAGGUGUAGAUAUAACAGGUGGGAAUAAUCCAAAGAGACGACGUUUAGAUGUCGAAAAAUUAGUGCAACCUAUUCAAGAGAACUUGAAUGCCAUUACUACCCAUGUAACACCCCUUGACAUUACUCACAGUCCAGUCCCAGUCGGCUUUACUGCGCAAGCCAUGAGUACAUCAAUUUUUAGUCAAGCAAUGGCCUCGCUUCCAGUUGACGAUAACGGUGAUUACACUGACGUUGAGGAUGAAAAAUAUCCUCCAAUUGAAUCUCUCUUUGAUCGUCAGGUUACUCGGGAAAAGCAACGUCAAUCGUUUCAACGAUUGCAAGAGGCUUUGUUGAAUUCUGAGACUGAGAAAGACGUCACUAAAACGAAGAGUGAUAAUGAAAUUUCUAUUGAUCCAAAAAGUCUAACAAUAAAUCCUGCACGCUGUCUAUUAGAUGGUCCAGACCCGAUUCCAGAAUCAGCAGAAAAUAAAUUGCUGGUAUCCAGUCUUCGUGGUGCUUGUUAA